AUGUCCUCUCCAGUUUCAACUUCAACAAUAAUUUCUGAAGAUUCAACCAUAGAUUCGGAUUGCUCUUCUCUUGAUUUCGAUCGUACAUUUGAGGAUUCUUUUGUCACAACCAAUACUUCCGAACAGGUGUUCGUUCCUUCAUUAAUGCAAAUCGAUGAAGGAUUGAAAACCGCGUCAGAUACGAUGAUCAUUGGUAAUGAAAUACUAGAAUCAAACGCUGGAGAGGUUUUAAGUCAAGAUUCAAUUAACGUAGAUCGAAAUGGCAAAGAAAUGAACCAGGUUUCAAAUACAGUAUCUUCUCUUUAUGAAAAAGCAAAGGCAGACGGAAGUCUAAACCAUUCACAUCUAGAUAAUGUUAAUACAAUCAAAGGGGUUCCUGAGAUAAUUGAGGACAAUAAUAAUUCAGAAGCGACAGAAACACGAGACGAAAUUCAACAGUCUUCAGCUAAUGACGAUCGAGAAAAAGCUCAUAAAGUUGAUAUUACUUCAUCGCAAGCGAAACGAAUUGCAUAUACGCCAAUAAAUUCUGACGAGCGAGCAGACAUACUCGACGAUAAUGAAACUACUUCAAAUUUUAUAUUCUCCCAAAAUGUUGAAAGUGAUUUUAUUCAUGGUAAUUCAGCGGUUCCCGAUCUUGAUACGUCGUCACCAACCCCUGUCAAUCAAAGUAGAUCUGAUAAUCCUUCAGUGAUUUUUACUGAAAUUAGUCCGAAUAUUAACAUUUCUUCGCCUGUUGAAGUUAACGAUAAUACACUUGUCAACGAUGCAGACGAAGAAAGGUUGAUCUCAAAAAUUGAUAAAAUCUUGUCUGAUAUCUUUAAUAAAAGUCCCGACUAUGGAAAUUACAGAACUAUUCCAAAAGUACCAAGGCAGCGAUCACUUAGUGAUAACGCUUAUACUGUUCCAAAUCUGUCUGGUGAUGAUAUUAUUCUUGAUCAUAACAUGGAAAGUGUUGAAAUUCAUCAAGGCGAAAAUGAGUAUAGUUCUGAAUUACACGAAAUUAAAUUUGAAAAAGGCAAAAGUGAUCAUAUUAACGAAGAAUUUAUUGACAAAAUGAAAUUGAAAGAAGAAUCCAUUAGGAACGCAUAUAGCGGCAUUACUGUCGCUCUCAAGCAUCAAUUAAUGAUGUAUAAUAAUCUCCGUGAAAUCAUACCAGAAUACGUUCGAAGGCCGGUAGAAGGUAGUAUUGGUAUUAUCAGAUUUAGUUUAGAUCAAGCGGAAUGCGUAGAGCCAUCGGACCUAAUGCAAGAUGUACUUACCCCUCAAGAACAUAAUUGUGUUAUUACAUCAUCUACAAGUCCUAUUGAAGGAAGUAAUGGUAAAGAUUAUUUGGUUAAGGAACAAUUUGAGUCAUCACAGAAAACAAAAGAUAUAAAAGAUAUAAUAAGUUCACGGGCAAAAAAAUGGCAUGAACUUCCAGCUGAUAUAAAGGAACAUUACCAAAAGAAAGCAAAACGACUACGACAAAAAUACUCUCAAAACCAAUUGGGACCACCACAGCAACAACCACACAUCGUAAAACCCGGAAAAGACGAAAGUGAACUUUUAACUGUUGCUGUUCCGAAAUUUUCUCUGAGGCCAGUAAUUCCAAUUGUGACGAUGACACAAUCUCAAUAUAUUGAUUUUACCCAACAUAAACAUCAGGUGGAAAUGAAAAUCACUUCGAAAGUAGGAAAACAAGAUCAUUCGGUUUUGAAUUAA